GGGGCGACAGGCAUCGGGCCCCCAGGCGGGGCGACAGGCAUCGGGCCCCAGGCGGGGCGACAGGCAUCGGGCCCCCAGGCGGAGCGGCGGGCGCCGGACCCCCAGGCGGAGCGACAGGUCUCGGGCCCCCAGGCGGAGCGGCGGGCACCGAGUCACCAGGCACGACAACUGCGGGCACCGAGUCGUCUGGCAAGACUGCGGGCACCGAGUCGUCUGGCGGAACAGCGGGCAUCGAGUCAACUGGCGGAACAGCGGGCACCGAGUCGUCUGGCAAGACUGCGGGCACCGAGUCGUCUGACAAGACUGCGGGCACCGAGUCGU